CUUUAACCAGAACGGCUCCCCUCCUGCUCUCCAGAGUUGUAUGUUAAGGCGAGGUCUUUACUGUAAUGCUGUUUUUGUAGCAAGUUAAGACGGUUGGGUUUUUACCUUACACAUAUACAAAAUGGAUUCCGGCGUAGAGAGAGCGGACCCUGGGGACAGCGAACAGGAUGAAGAAGAGGAUGUGUAUGAAGUGGAAAGGAUUAUUGACAUGCGAGUGGAAGAUGGAGAGGUGCUAUACCGUGUGCGGUGGAAGAACUAUUCAUCAGAUGAUGAUACCUGGGAGCCCAAAGCUCACCUGGAGGACUGUAGUGAGGUGUUGCUGGCCUACGAGAGGUCCUUGGCUGAGAAAAAACUUAAGAAAGACUGCAGCAUGAAGCUGCCUAUGAAGAGCGACCUGUUCGAUGCAAACUCUGAGAGUGACAGCGAUAAAGAGAGACCGAAAGAGUCCCCUAGUAAAAAAAAGAAAAAGAAGAAGAAACACACAGAGGACUCGGAGGACGAGAAGUCUGAAAAGGACAAGAAGAAAAAGAAAAAGAAGGAGAAAUGGAAAGAGGACAAACCGUUGCCUGCUCCCGAGUCUGAUGAAGAGGAGGACAGGGCUCCGACACCACCACCUUCUAAGAAAGAGAAGGCCACAGAUUCCAAGAAGAGAGCUAUUGAAAAGGAAGAGGAUGACAAUGAUGAUGCUCCUGCAAAGAAACACAAAAAAGAAAGCAAAGUGAAAGACGGAGGAAAGCAAAAGAAAGACAAUGUUGAUGAAAGGAAGAAAAAAAAAGUUAAGUCACAAAAAGAGAUUGAGACCUCAGAAGAUGAGACAGACAAGAGUGAUGCACCAUCAGAAUUCUACACCGAUGACACUUCUUCAACAGGCAACCUUAGUAUCACAGCAAAACCUACAACUCCCAAAACCACAGAGAAAUCCACUCGGAGUGAAAGCGGGAGUGACCGUUCCAAGGCAAAACAGAAGAAGAACAAAUCUGAACUGAAGUUGCAAGGUUUCAAAGACUUGGCUCCGGACAAGAACCCCAAAAAGACAGAUAGUUCAGCUCUGCUGCUCAAAGAGAGUGGCCUAAAUAAGUUGAAGAGCCUGGCUAGCAGUAAGGGCAGCAGCAAGUCGUCUCGCAGUGAGGAUGAGCCUGACUCCAGUGACACGGGGGCCACAGCAAGAGCAAAAUACAAGGCUAAAGGUCUGGACUCAAACUUGACUCCUCCAAAGGAUUCAUCCGUAUCAUCAUCCUCUACAGUCGUAGCUGCUCCCAGCAAGCCAAGAGAGGAGGAGUUGAAGGAGUCAAAGGAAGAAGCUGGAGAGAAGGGUGCUGCUCCGAAUAAUCUCUUUGAGAAGUUUUUGCUCAACUGUGAGGCAAAGGAUCGUGUGCCUAGGAAACAGGCAGCUCACACAACACCAAAGAAUUCAGGGAAGACUGACAGAAAAGCGAGAAAGGAGUCUCCAGUGCAGAAGCCUGAGUUUGAAAAGGCAAAGGAGGGCACUGUUGUCAUGGAGACGGACGAAAGACAGGAAAAGACCACACAAGAGUCAGAAAAGAGUGACCGGUCAAAUGAACCUGUGGCCAAGACAAAGGAGGAUCUACAACGGGAACAGAAAGAAGAAGAGCAGAGAAGAAGGAAAGAGAGGCUUGAGGAGGAGGAGAAAAAGAGAAAAGAGCGGCUCGAGGAGUCCCAGAGAGAACGGAAGCUGAGGAUGGAAGAGGCACAGAGAGAGAGACAGAGACUGGCAGAGGAGGCUCGGUUAGAUCGGCUGGACAGGAGGUCUAUGAUGGAAGCUAUGGCAUCUGCUGAGUCUACUGAAGAUUUGAGGUGGAAGGAGAGGAGAAGGAAGAGGCGGGAGGACAGCGAGUCUCGCCUCCUUAUCACCUGCGAUGACAAUCAGGACUCUCAGGACCCCCUGGAACGCUCUGACAAAACGCCUGACAGGGGCCCGCCUUCUCUCAAUCUUGGCGUUGAGCUGAAGCUGGACUGGAUGACACUGGAAGACUUUCAAAAACACUUGAAUGGAGAGGAUGAGAAUCUCUCCCCGUUAGCCUUAACUCCCACCGAGUUGCGGGAUGCCGUAAAAAAUGGGAAUUAUCUGGCUGUGAAACGUGCACUCAGUUCCAAAGAGGACUAUAAUCUGGACCAGGAGGACUCCAGUGGUAUGUCUCUGUCUAUGCUGGCUGCUGCCGGUGGACAGGAUGAUAUCCUCCGGCUGCUGAUUAAGAAAGGAGUGAAGGUUAAUGGGCGGCAGAAAAAUGGCACCACAGCCCUUAUGCAUGCUGCUGAUAAGAAUUUCCUCACCACUGUGGCCGUUCUUCUCGAGGCAGGAUCUUGCUUAAAUGCUCAGACUGUGGGUGGGGAAACGGCUCUUAUGAAGGCAUGUAGGAGAGGAAAUGCAGAUAUAGUGCGCCUCCUACUGGAGUACGGAGCUGACUGCAACAUCCUCUCCAAGCACAAAACAACAGCCUUGCAGUCUGCCAAGCUCAGCAACAACAUGAUGGUGUAUGACCUCAUCAAAGACCACAUCCAGACGUUAUCAACAGUGGCAGAGGAGACGAUCAGAGCGUAUUUCGAGACACGUUUGGCUCUGCUUGAGCCUGUGUUUCCUCUGGCCUGCCAUCGCCUAUGUGAGGGACCAGACUUCUCACUGGAAUUCAGUUACAAACCCCCACAGCACGCACCUGGAGAGGGAUCUGGUAUCCUUCUCUUCAUCUUCCAUGCUAACUUCAUGACUGAGAUCACAGCCAGGCUCUGUGGGCCCUGUAGCGUUCAUGCUGUCAUCCUUAAUGACAAGUUCCAGCUGCCUAUCUUCCUUGAUAGCCACUUUAUUUAUUCCUUCAGUCCUGUUCAAGGAGCCAACAAACUCUUUAUUCGCCUAGCUGAGUCCCCCACAGCAAAGGUUAAACUUCUCAUUGGUGCAUAUAGAGUCCAGCUACAGUGAUGCCUAUCCGUCCCUUCAAGGUCAAAGUUCAGCAGAGAAUCUUUACCAUGCUAAGAGCCAAGAGUAAUUUCCCAAAACCUGUCCUCUGUGUGUCAUUAGACAUGCCAAGAAGAGGAGAUUAUUUGUAUUCAGUUUAAUGACUUGGAAAUGAAGGCCCAAAUACACUAGCCAGACUUUUAUAGCAGACGUUGGAGUGUGACUUCAGGAUACACCAUCAAACUGUCAGUGUUCUAUGAGGUUUACAGGAUUCCUGGGUUGUUGUUUUUUUUUGAGUAUGUACAUCCAGGCAUAGUUGAGAUAAGCGGGAGGGAUUGGCAUUUGUAAAGGCUCAUUUGUAAAUCUUGUUUGUAAAGGUUUUUCUUGUUUUAAAUACAAUAAUUUAUCACUCCAGCUUUACCCAUAGUUCAUAUGUUAUUGCCUUAUCACCUAGUACUUGCUGUGUGUGUGGAAUAGAGAGCAGGUGUCAGUUGUUCUUGCUACUAGUUUUGUUUUUGUGGGACCAAGAUGAGACUGGACCUUUUAAACACCAGAGAUGCUUCCCUACCCACUGCUUUCCUAUUCAGCUGUUUUACACUGAAUUUGGAUCUCUGGGGUAAAUGGAGUGUAGGAUCAUUUGUUUAGAAAAUGUACUAUAUCUAUGAAUAUUGGGUUUGUUCAACAGUAUAGGGGAAGUAUUAUCCAAGCAUGUGUGUGUUGGGGAUGUCUGUUUUUAGGGCUAGUAUCUGCUCAGAGGCUGGAGGAACCAAGUGUGAUGCCUUUUGUUUAGGACUGAACAUCUUGCCUCCAUUCGUCAUUAGGACUAAUGACCAUGUAUAUUAGUUGAUUAAUUCUUGCUCAUACACCAUGCAUUUGGGUUGUAUGACUAUGUUGACAGCCAAAAUGAAUGGAGCGAACCUAAUCUGGCAGAGAUAAUUGUCACGCGAGUACAGAUUAAGAUCAAGAUUAGAAUAGGUCAUAUUGGGAAUUUGUAACCACAAUUGAGUUACUAGAUGGGAGAUUCUUCUGGAAACAGUGUGCUGGACAACAUGGGUUUUUAAUUUAUUUCCCCUGACUGUUAAGAGUAACUUUAUGACUUGUUUUUGUUUGCUACCUUACUGUGUGAUAAAAUGGAAGAGUGAGAGAAUAUCCAUUUUGGCUUCCUCUUCAAAUAAACUGUACAUAUUUCCAUAACA